CAGUGAGCCGUGUUUUUCAGUUAAUUUAUAGAUUUAUAUGAACUUAAAAUGGAGAGAAAUGAACGAAAAUCAAAUUCUCGCAAUCCUUUCCCCGUCAAAUUUGAUCGUGAAACUCAGUUUAUUUUGCGUAAAUUAAUUACUGAUUCAACUAUACUAUUUUGCAUUGGUUUCCUCGUGCUCGCUUAUUACCUGUGGGGUCAACCGUACGAGCGAGGGUUCUUCUGCGACGAUGAGUCCCUCAAGCACCCUUACAAGGAUUCGACAGUCACCAGCAGCAUGCUGUACAUCGUCGGGUUGGGCUUACCUAUGUUCACGAUGAGUCUCACGGAAUGGAUCAGGCUUCGGGACUACAAAGGACGUCCACGGGCCAUCUUCGGUCUGGACAUCCCGCCGUGGGUGUGGGAGGCGUAUCGAGUCAUCGGCGUGUUUUUGUUCGGCUGCGCCUGUCAACAGCUCACAACGGACAUCGCUAAAUACAGUAUAGGCCGGCUGAGACCACAUUUCUUCGCUGUUUGCAAGCCCAACAUCGACUGCACCUUAGCUGAUAACAGAUGGCGCUAUAUCGAAGUCUUCGAAUGCUUGGGCAACGAUCACAAGUUGCUCAAGGCGAUGCGUCUUUCGUUCCCGAGUGGGCAUUCCUCCUUCUCAGCUUACACAAUGAUUUAUUUCGCGAUGUACAUCCAAAAGAGAUUCACGUGGAAAGGAUCAAAGCUGUUCAAGCAUUCACUACAACUGGUCCUUAUACUGAUGGCAUGGUAUACAGUCAUGACCAGAGUGUCCGAUUAUAAGCAUCACUGGAGUGACGUUCUAGCUGGUUUCAGCAUCGGAAUGAUAUUUGCUGUUAUUACGUUUCUGUUCGUAUCGAAUCUUCGUAAGACGCCUAGAACGCGACAGAGCCACAAUCACAUAGAGGCUGAGUUGCACGCCACAAACGGUAACACAAGGUCGGCAACUCGAGUGCAAGUCUGACAUCCGACACCCACUAGCUCCCAAACCGUUAGCGAUGAGGAGCCAUGACCCGAAUCACCCAACAUCGCCAUAUCAUGGAUAUCGCACGAGUAUAUAGACAAAUAGCGGUCGAAAAAAAAUGUACCUCAAAAUGA